AUGACGACGCGGCUGGAGGAUUUGGGGGUGUCGGUGGAAGAGCUGGGCUGCGGCCGCUUGGAGGCGGGAUCGCCGCGCGAUACGGUAGCGUGGACGCCACUGCAGUACGCAUGUGCGCUGGGAGAUGCGGAGCUUGUGUCGGAGCUGAUAGCUGCGAACCCUGAGUCUGCGAAUGCUCUGGGCAAUACGAAGUACGCGUACUCGCCGCUGCAUAUUGCUGUGCGCUUUGAGCACGAAGCAAUCGUCAAGCUACUGCUAGCAGCAACUCCGGCUAUGAAAGUGAAUGCAGUCGAUCUACAGAUUGGCUGCACACCACUGCACUUGGCAGUUCUGCAGGGUAACAGAGCCAUCGUGAAGCUCUUGCUGGAAGAUGCCGACAUCCAACAGCUCGAGUCCAAGAAUGGUACGACACCGGUUGACUUGGCUACGGAGCUGGAGCGUGACGACCUGAAAUCGCUUCUAGUCGACCAUGCUACUCGAGCUUCUGGUCGGGCUCAACUUGCGAGCUGGCUGGCCAGCAUCGGGCUCGUGGAAUAUGCGCCAACAUUCUUCGAUGAGGGCUUUGACGAUGCGAAUUUCUUG